GUUCCCCAGCGCUGGCCAGCCCCCAGCCCAGAUGGCUGCCAAUCUGGCCUCACCCUGGCCCACCUCAUUGGCCCACUAGCCCAUCCCAGUAGCCUCAACCCCAAAAUCCCCUGAAAAUAAACCCAGUUUCAGAACAUCAGCUCCAAGUGAUUCCUUCAGAGUGAGUGAGAAACUGGGACACCGGCUGGGGGGUGUCUGCAGUGAAAGGAACAAACUUGAUGACCUACCAUGGAGGCCCUCAAAUCAGCAUCCACCCCCCAAAUUCUCACCGUGGAGGAGGAGGCAGAGGAGGCGGAGGAGGCGGAGGAAGCGGAGGAAGAAGAAGAAGAAGAAGAGGUAGUCCCAAAAAGGCAUCAGUCCAAGGCCCUCUCUUUUCCUUCUUGUCUCUCACCUUUCCGAUCGUGCCCUAAAUCCCCAAUUCUCACUCCCCAAUCUUGGUUUUGGGGGUCCCACUCCCCUCCCACUCCUUUUGGGGAUCUCACCCUGCUUUUCCUCCCUCUCCCCCACACUUCCCAUUGCUUCCCCUUUCCUGUGCUCCCCACUCACCCAAGUUCCCUUGGCUCCCAGCUGGGGGGCUCCCAGCACCACCAGUAUGGCCCCAGCUGCCCCCACAGGCCCCAUCCGCAGCUCUGGGCAGGUGCUGACACCCCAAAAACAGCCAUGCUGUGCCAUGGGAGGCUCCAAGAUCAUCCAGUGCUGCUUGAUGCUUUCAUAAGAAAUGACUCAACAGAGCAGGUGCCUCUGGGGAACCAGGAGGAUGUGGAGAGAACCAGCCAGGUGUCUUCCCAGCAUGGAUCACAGGGAAUGUGGGACACCAGGGCUCUGCCUAAUGGGGGUCCUCUAAUGGGGAGUGCAGUUGGAACAGUGCACAAAGCUCUUCCUGCAGUCGGGGGCCUCACUGGGCUUCCCUUACUUGUGGCUCUGUUGGUCUCUGGUCAAGUGAGAGCUUCCUGAGAAGCUCUUCCCACACUCAGGACACUCGAAGGUCCUCUCCUGGGUGUGGAUGCACCAGUGGCUGAGGAGGCUGAAGUUGCGGUUGAAGCCCUUCCCGCAGU